AUGGGUCUCUUCUCUCGUCACGCCGAACCAGGCCAAGAGCCGGCCGCUCAGCGCCAGCCCGCCUACGAAGAGCGCCAACCUGUCUAUGAAGACCCCCCCAGGAGACACGGCCUCUUCGGAAGCAAGCACCACUCCCCCACCCGCGCGCCCACCAAUGCCACCCACAGCACGCGGAGCAGCACUACAACGUCCUCCCCCGACCGCAGCACCGGCGGCGGCGGUAUCUUCCGGCGGUCCACCGAUGCCAGCCAUAACCCAAGCAUGAACGGCCACCAGCGCACCGGCGGCGGCGGCCUGCUUCACAAAUUCGGCGGCAACCGCGAGGAGAUGGACCCCAGCAUCGUGCAGGCGCGCGAGCGCGUCAUGGGUGCUGAGGCCGCCGAGAUGGAGGCCGACCGGGCCCUGAUCGCCGCCCGCGAGAGCGUCCGCGAGGCUCGCGAGCAUGUCCGCAUGCUGGAGCUCGAGGCCAAGGAGGAGGCGCGUCGUGCUAAGAUCAAGGAGCACCAUGCGAAGGAGUUCUCGAAGAGGGGGAAGUUGCUUGGACGUCAUGACUAUUGA